AUGUCAGCGCCUACUAUGUCGUCUACUGCGGUGUUGACCGAGCUGCUGGAGUUUCCUCCGGUAUCUCUGGUUGACGAUCUGAUAAAUACUGUGAAUGAAGUGAUGUAUCGGUGUACUGAGGCUAUGGAGAGAUAUCUACAGCAACGCAGCCGCAUUGGCGGCCGAGAUUAUACUGAUGAGAUCAAACUAGGUACUGCUAAGCUGGAAACCCUACUAGAGAAUGUGGUUGAUAAGAAUCUAGAUCGGUUGGAGUUAUACGUGCUGCGAAACGUGGUUAGUAUACCAGCGCAGCUGCUGGAAGAUGGGACUUUUGUGCUGAAACACUACGAAGGGCUGGAGCUCAAUGAAUGCAACGACGAGCUAGUUGGAAAGAAAUACGCAGCUGUUGAAGAGGCAUUUGCAUUGCACUCGCUGUUGCGAGCCCGACUUCGUGAGACCAGCAAGGCGUUCGCCAAUGUUAAGAAAUUUAAGGAGCUUGUUUUGCAGCUGCUGGAGGGAGGCGGCUCUGACGACGAGAUGCAAGUUCUUGCAAAGAGUCUGGAACCGGUUGGAGACACUUUGAAGUUGCUGGCAACGCAAUUGCGUACGCUGUACUUGGAAAACGAGGAGUUCUGUAACUCGAAGAACAUUUCGGCGUUACUCGACAAGUAUAGCGAAUGCUGUGAAAGUGGAGCUAGCAGGCCAGGCUACAUUGCACAUCGUACGAAGGAAGUCGUUGACACCCUGUUUGGUAAUGAGGAGGAAAGUGAUACAGAACAAGCGGUCUCAGUUGAGGAUAACAAAUCCGCAACUUCUCCAAGCUCUUGUAGCGAGGAAUUGUUGAGCCACCCUGACUGGUCGUCUAUACAGAAACACACAUGA